AUGUCUGUACAACAAUCUAUGCAUACACGCAAUCAUAGUUAUCAACCAUCUUUGUCAAACGAUACAUAUAAAAAGAGUAAUUACCCAACAUUAAAACGUCUAUCAAAUGAUGACGAACAAAUUGUAAAAGGCGAUUUAAAAACCGACACAAAAUCUCCAGGAAAAAGACGCUCAACUAGUUCAGCAUCAUCUCCAAAAAUGCAACAACAAACAAUUAAUUCACCGACCGAUGAAUCAGGAGUUGGUGUAGUAAAUCGAUUAUGCAGUGUAUGUGGAGAUGCAAGCACGGGUAUUCAUUUUGGUGGUAAUAGCUGUGAAAGUUGUAAAGCUUUCUUUCGACGAUCUGUUCAAUGUAAUCGCUUUCAAAAUUAUAAAUGUUCAAAUGAAGCACGAUGUCCGGUGAACAUAGUCACACGUAAAGUAUGUCAAUUUUGUCGUUAUACAAAAUGUACAGCAAUCGGUAUGAAACCAAAAUGGGUUUUAUCGGAUCAAGAACGAGAAGAAAAAUAUGGUUCAAGACGUAAACGUUUUCGAGAAAAUCGUACAUCUGAAGAAGAUCCUGAUAUUUAUAAAUAUUUAACUAGUGAAGAAAAAUUACUUAUUGAAGAUAUAGCACAUGCAUUAUAUCAAUCACGAGCAACAUAUCCAUUACAAUUUCCAAAUCAAUUAAAUCAAUAUUUAACUUCAUUAUCGUCAGAAACACCACCAACACCACCACCACCAUCACCAUCGUCAUCAUCAUCAUCAACAUCUGAAAAACCUCCUAGUCCAUCAGCUAAUUUUCUUAUUGUACCAAUUCAACGUCUUGUUUUAUUUGCACGAAUGCUUAAAGAUUUUGAUCUAUUUACUGAAGAUGAUAAAGUUUGUCUACUUAAAGGUUCAGCUAUUGAAAUAAUGGUGUGUUCAUCAAAUACAUUAUUUAAUCCUAAAACACAUUCAUUUACAAAUUAUUUAUCACGUGAUCAACGUGCUAUUAUGGAUGAUCAAAUUAUGCCACUUGAUCCAUUACUUAUAAAAUUAUGGGGCAAAGAAUUAUUCCAUUUAACAAAAAAUUUUUUAAUAUCAAUGUGUAAUUUAGAAGUUGAUGAAGUAACAUCAACAUUAUUGGCACCUGUUAUAUUAUUUUCACCUGAUCGUUCAAAUAUAGUUGAUAGUGAUUUAGUUAAACGUUUACAAAUUAAAUAUGUUACAUUAAUACAAAAAUAUAUGCAUUGGCGUUAUGGUGUUGAACAUACAGAAAAUAUUUAUCCAAAACUUUUACUUCAAAUUGUUAAAAUACGUACAUUAAGUUUAGCACAUGCUGAAAUUAUACAAAAAGUUAUGUCAACAUCAAGUGUUAAUCCACUUGUUCAAGAAGUUACUGCCAAACCAGAAAUCUUGCAUAAAUCAACAACAGACAAAAUGGAUUCUCUAUCAUUAUCAUCAACACCAAAUGAUAGUGAUAUGUUAGAUUAUGAAAAAAUUCCAUCAAUUGAUACUGAAAGUACCAUGGGUUCCGAUGAUGAUGAUACGAUUAGAAAAAAAAAUCGAUCAUCAAUUGAUGAUGAUGGUGGUUAUGAUAAUGAAGAUUCUAAUGAAACAGAUUUAAGAAAUAUAUGGAAAAAACGACGAAAAUUAACAAUUACACAAACAGAAAUAACAAAUCUUGAACAAAAUAACAAUUCACCUAAUCUUAUUCGUAAUCCUCAUAAUGAAAUAAAACAUGAUUUUAUGCGUUCAAAUUCUAAUGAAUUUGAAAAAUAUUCCAAUCUAAAUUCUCCACAGAAAAGACCGCAUGAUCAUCAAGUACCAAAUUUUGUACCAAAAUUUAAUGAUGAUUUAACUUCACAAAACAGAGCAACUUCUCUUCGAUAUUUACCACCGAAAAAACAAUCAGCAUUAAUUAAGCGUCAUAAUUCACAAGAACAAAUUUAUCGAUCACCUUUAUCAUCAGCAAGUGAUAAUUCUUCUCAUGAUCAAUAUUCUCAAUUAAAUCAAAUUUCAAAUACAACAAUGUCACCACUAACAAAACAACAUUAUCCUCAUGAUACAUAUGAAAAUUAUCGUCAACAAUAUAAUAGAAUAUCAUCACCGAAUUUUCUACAACAACAAAAUGAACAACAUUUAUUUCAUCUUUCAUUAGCUAAUAAUCAAAGUCCAACGCCACCUGUUCAAUCACCAGCAAAUCAUCAAUCUCGUUCAGGAGCAACACUUGAUCCUGAUGAACAACAAUUACUUGAUGCUAUUCAUGCACAUCCAAAUAAACGUGAUCUUGUACUUAAUCUUCUUCGACAAAUGAAUGAACCAUCAUUUACAUCAUCUAUGGAUACUCAUUCGAAUAUAAAUUAUCAUAAUCAACAAACAAAUCGAACAGAAACAUCAAAUUAUUCGAAUUCAUACCGACAACAUUCAAAUAUGGAUCAUAAUAAUGAUGCAUUUUGA